GUUGUGAGUCUCUGAACCUCAGCGGUGGUUGGAGGUUGUUGGUGGCUUCCAGGGUGUGAGCAGGUGACCACUUGAAAGUCUGCUCGCAAGGCUACACAUGCUGCUCUCAAGAAAUGGAGGAGAAGUACAGUCAGCAGAGUAAACACGACUUCAGAAAUGCCGUCGUAGAGCUUAGCAAUCACUUACAAACCAUGUUUAGUUCCCGAUACAAGAAGUUUGAUGAGUUCUUCAAAGAACUUCUCGAAAACGCCGAGAAGUCGCUGAAUGACAUGUUCGUGCGUACGUACGGCCGUUUGUACAUGCAGAACUCGGAGCUGUUCAAGGACCUCUUUGUGGAGCUGAAGCGGUACUACGUGGGUGGCAACGUCAACCUGGAGGAGAUGCUCAAUGAGUUCUGGGCGCGCUUGCUGGAGCGCAUGUUCCGGCUGGUCAACCCUCAGUACCACUUCACGGACGAGUACCUUGAGUGCGUCAGCAAGUACACCGAGCAGCUGAAGCCCUUUGGGGAUGUGCCACGGAAGCUCAAGCUACAAGUGACACGAGCGUUUGUGGCUGCCCGCACAUUCGCGCAGGGCCUCGCCGUUGCGAGGGACGUCGUGAGCAAAGUGUCCGCGGUGAACCCCACGCCACAGGGUACGCGGGCACUGCUGAAGAUGAUGUACUGCCCGUACUGCCGAGGUCUGGUGUCGGUGAAGCCCUGUUACAACUACUGCUUUAACGUCAUGAGAGGCUGCUUGGCCAACCAAGGGGACUUGGACACGGAGUGGAAUAUCUUUAUGGAUUCGAUGCUACUGGUAGCAGAAAGGCUGGAGGGUCCCUUCAACAUCGAAUCAGUCAUGGACCCCAUUGAUGUGAAAAUUUCGGAUGCGAUCAUGAACAUGCAGGAGAACAGCAUGCAGGUGUCUCAGAAGGUUUUCCAGGGAUGUGGCCAGCCAAAAACGCUUGCCCAGGGCCGGACUGCUCGCUCAGUCUCUGAAAGCGGUUUCAGCGCUCGUUUUAGACCCUACAACCCGGAGGAGCGGCCGACUACAGCCGCCGGCACAAGCUUGGACCGACUGGUUACUGAUGUGAAAGAGAAGCUGAAGCAAGCCAAAAAAUUUUGGUCAUCUCUCCCUGGCAACAUUUGCAACGAUGAAAAGAUGUCUGUAGGCACUGUCAAUGAGAACGAGUGCUGGAACGGGAGCGCCAAGAGCAGGUAUGACUUUGCGGUGACUGGAAACGGCUUAGCAAGCCAAGUGAAUAACCCGGAGGUAGAAGUUGAUAUUACCAAGCCAGACAUGGUGAUUCGCCGGCAAAUCAUGGCUCUGCGGGUGAUGACCAACAAGCUGAAGAAUGCAUACAGUGGGAAUGAUGUCGACUUCAUUGACAUAAGUGAGGAGAGCAGCGGGGAGGAGAGCGGCAGCGGCUGCGAGCUCCAGCAGUGCUCCCCGGAGUUCGAGUUCAACGCCACCGAAGUCGCGGGGAACUCCAACAAGAGCGACAAGAACGUGAACACUUCUGCCGCUCCCAGGAGCGGUUUAUCACAAGCAGCUUUGCUUCUUAGCAUUUUGUUCCUGGCCAUGCAAAGACAAUGGAGAUAA